AUGAAGUUAUUCUCCACACUCUCUCUUCUUGCUCUCGCAUGCAUUGCAGCCGCAGAAGAUAAGACCAAUGAGACAUCUCGAACCACGCAGGGCAGCUCUGGAGGCGUGGCUUUGAAGGGGUUGCAAAACUGUCUAAUGCCAGAACUGAAGAAAGGACAUGUUCUCAAGACUACGUGCUUUGCCGAUGGGAGUAAGGAUUCGCUAAUCCAUGGCGAGUUGGACUUGAAUCAUUGUUUCGGUGCGAGCCUGUUGAAGGGCGAAUUGUCGGCGGAACCUAAUGGACACUUCAGCCGAAAAUGCGUGAAUUGUGGGCUAGGGGGAGAAACUCGUGGUACCGGAACCCACGCUGGAGCAUGGACACUGUACUGCCACUGUCUUGCCCCUAAAGCCGAAAUUAAGUUGGAACCUACUGUCCAGAUGAAUAGACAGGGUCUUCUUGAGUGCCACGGCCAUGUGGCAAAGCCAGUCAGCCCAUGA